AUGGCUGCUAACCCCCCUGCCCCUCUUCCCCCUCCCAUCGACGCCUCUUCAGUCGACAAGCUGCAGCUCGCCGCGGAUCGAUCGGCCAUUAACUGGCAUUCCUUUGUUGGCAGCAUUCGCCGCGUCCUCCAGGACGCCUUCGUUCCGCCCUACUACGUCCUUGACGUGCUCCUUCGCCGUCCGCACGCUCUCCAGCCGACAGCGCCCAAUCACCCUGGUGAACCUCCCACGUUCCCCACUCCCCCUGGCUCUCCUCCCCCUGAGCCUAACCUGGAGAUCGCCGCUACCACCGACCUCCAAGCUGCCGCCGACGCCACCUUCCUCCACCGUCGCCGCGAAUACCUCAUCCGCAAGGCCGACCAUGAAGUUGCUGUGCACAAUCACGAGUUCGCAACGUCGGAACGUGCCAAUCGCCUGGCGUUACUUGCUGAUUACAACAUGGCAACCCACAUCCCCAACAGCAUAGCAUGGGCCGCUACCGACAACCGCGCCUGCACCAUCCUCCUCGGUGCGCUUCCCGACGCCCUCAUGCGCCGCUUCCAAGCUCGUGAAAUGCGAGCCUCCCUAAUUUGGGCCGAGCUCCAGGCGAUGUUUGAGCAUCGUGACAUCAGCUCCGUCGGCGUCCUCUUUCAGGAGUACUUCUCCAUCACCCUCUCCACCUGUGAUGGCACGGUUGACUACGUGGGGCGCAUGCAGGAGGUAGCUGAUUGCCUUGCAGCUCGUCAGGCUGCCCUCCCCGAGCCGCUGCAGAUUCACCGUCUGCUCUUCAACCUCACGCCGGAUUACGAGUCCCAUCUGCACGCCUUCACCGAGGCAAACUCCAUGGCUGGCCUCAAUGAGGUGGUUCAGUGGAUCAUUGACACGGAGGUCAAGCUCCGCACUCCCAUUGUCAACCUCACCACCCCUCAGUCCUCCUCCACCUCCCUCAAUGCCACGCAGUCGCGCAACCAAGGUGGUCGCAACGGCGAUCGAGGUGGUCGUGGAGGGGGCGGAGGUGGUGGUGGUGGUCGGGGCAGUGGUGGUGGUGGUGGCCGUGGUGGAAGUGGUGGAGGUACCCCUCCUGGAGGUCCCUCUGGUGCCGGUGGUGCUCUGCAGCAGUUUCAGCAGCACCACCAGCAGCAGCAGUACUUCCAGCAGCCGCAGCAGCCACAGUUUCUCCAGCCGCAGUAG